AUGGAAGCGCUGCUCAAGUCGCUGACCAAUUUCUUCACCUGCGUUUCGAGUUCCGUGAGAUCAGUUCUCGCUUCAGUAGCAGAAGAAACAACUCUCGGCCCAAAAGAUGAUCUCCGCCAUAUUUGGUUUCGUGCUCUGUUUCCAAAUCGAGGUUUUGAUGUGGCUGGAUUUUUUCAACACCUGAACAUUUUUUCCAUUAUUUGUAGGACCAUAGCUGUUCACUUCACCAACCCAUUCCAUGUCAGCACACGUGUAGCAGAUAAAUGCAGUGAUGGCACCUUGCUUUUGCAGGUGAUACUCCACUCACAAGUGAAGGCUAACUUAACCAUACACGAUUCUUGGCUGGACCUAAAAGACGGUUUUACCCUUGCUGGUGAAAGUCAAAGUAAUGGAAGACCAACAUCCGCCUUCUUUCCACUUGUAGUUCCUUCUACAUCAAGAGCCGGAAUCUUGUUCACUAUAUCCCUACCCACAAAUGAUGAAGCGAAAGAUAUGAAUCCUGAUAGUGAUACGAUAUUAAAUAUAAAAUAUAAAAUAUCUGGGGAUAGAAAUCAUGGAUCGCAUACUCCUAUGUUUGUGGAUGAGUCUUCACAGAUGUUGACUUUUAAGAGUGCUCUUGUUUUACAAAGACCAGUGUUGGAACCUUGUUUGGCAGUUGGUUUUCUUCCCCUUCCUCCAGAAGGCCUUAGAGUCGGCCAGCUUUCUACUAUGAAGUGGCGAGUUGAAAGGUUGAAGUAUCUCGAGGACGAACAAUACGUAAGUUUCUAAAAUUUUUACUUUUUU